AUGCCGGGUUCUGCUACCCAUAAAAUAAGAAGUGCUUGCACGAAAGUAGUAAAAGUGUUAUUUCUAUAUUGGCUUGUUUUUGUGAAGAAGCAGAAGGUACCAAGGAUGGUACAUUCGCUACGGAUUACGAAGAAAAAAAGUUGCAUCCAAAUGGGGCGUCCGCCCGGUGGUAAGAAUUAUAUCUCCCCAUAUGAAUCCAGGGAUAGUUCUUCAGAGCGAAAGGCACCUUUUAAUUGUCUUUAUCGGGCCUACUUCAAAGGGACAAAACAAAAUCCCUUGGGAAGCCUGAUCUCAGUCCAUCCAGUUAAGAAGCUAAAGUUAAUGCAGCGAAAGAAUUCCAAAUCAGCAGCGCGUUAUUUUUACAUUCAUAAUUUUCAAUGUCCGGAAAAAGUACUUGGAAAAAUAUGUCCCCUAGGGAGGGAAUCAAAAUGGAAAAGUGUACGUUACAUGAGUAGGUUAACAAAAGUGCUCAUGGUUGGGGGUAAUGAUGAAGAAAUGUUUAACCAGAUAAACAGAAAUAUUAUGAGGGGGACAUUAGGAGAAGAGGAUCACAUGUACAACAGCUUAUACGGAAGGAGUGACACCGUCUGGGGAGAAAAUUACGAAAUAAAUUCCUUCCUUGAAAUUGUAAAUAACCAGACGGAAGUACCCAUCGACCUCGCCAAUUUUGAGAAGGAAAUAAGGAAACUUAUCCGCCUAAUGCGUUUUGAAGAUUUUCAAUUGAAUAUAACCUUUGUGAGUUUGAACCAAAUGAAGGAGUUGAACAAGACGCACAGGCGAAAGAAUGAACCGACUGAUAUCAUUUCCCUUUUGCAUUAUGUGGACAAUGGGCAAGGCGUUUCUGGUAAUUCUGAGCUGCAAGGUAGCGACAUACCUGGCGGGAGGUGUUUGAGGUCCGGCGACAUUUAUUUGUGCCCCGCGUACAUAAGCAGGGAGUGUGUCUUGGCCCGGGUUAAUUACGAACGCAGUUUGUUGAAUGAUCAAAGCAGCGAAAGUGGAAAGGUGGAAAAAAUUGGUGGUGUGUCCACACUGGACAAUCGCGAGGACGAAGACAGAAACUGGGAGCAAGUGCGCCCGCGAGGUGUGAACAAGUUGUUUAGAACCCUUUUCUGCGUGCAAGAACGUUUGGCGCUGUACGUUCUCCAUGGAUUAAUACAUCUAACGAACAAGGAUCACGUAAAUAAUGCAGACGAGUAUAACGCAUUUAUGGACAUAGAGGAAGACAUGAUCAGUAAGUAUCUUAAGUUCCAUCAUUAUACACACACAUUUUACUCCCACUACGUUAUUGGGUUUGGGACAGAUAUUCUGAACGUGAAUAGGAUUUACAAAAUUUUGCAAAAAAAAAAUGGGGCGUUUUUCUUGCGUAAAAUUUUGAGUUCCCUUGAGCUUCGGGAGUUAGCCCAAGGUUACCUCGGCGAAGCGGUGGGGUGUAACCAACUGGGGGAUAAUUUGAAUGACCAAUUUGGUAAGAGUGAUGACAAAGCGAAUUGUGGUGGGGUCUUCCUUGAGCAGUCUGAGCGGAGCCUCGCGCAGAGGCUCACGACAAAUUGCGCACUGAAACUGGCCAUCCACGUAAGCAAAAAGUUCGCAUCGAAAGAAGCGAUCGUCAAGUCCAUGGGGCGAGGUCUAAGCUCCAUUUCCAAGUAUGGCCUAAGCAUGAACGACAUAGAAGUACGAAACGACAAGUAUGGAAAGCCCCUCGUUUUUUUAUAUGACCAGGCAAGGAAAAUAGCCAACGAAAUGGGGAUAGUAAAUAUAUUUUUAUCUCUAAGUGAUGAAAAGAUAACUUGUCCAAAUCACAAUGUUAAAAAGGAUGAGUCCGCGAUGUGCAACUUCUGCACAUACCUGAUCCAUGCACAGGCACUUUCGGUUGGAUCAAAUGUGUAA